GCGAUGUACGAAAAAGUAUCUUUAUACUCCGGAGUCAGACUUAGAAUUUUGAAGUCCAGCUGUCUACCAUGGACUGUUCGGAUUUAUUCAAAUCAUUGAUCGUUCAUGAUUAGACCCAUUAGAGGGUUAGAGUGAUUUCAGUCAUAGCUAGGAAUGUACGUUCGCAUAAUGCAGGAUGACGCAGACCAGGUAUUGGACGCGGAGCAGUGGCGGCUGGAAGCCCAGGCAAUAAUCAACGAUGUGAAAAAGCACGUGCAGGACCUAAAAGUGUCUGAGCGGCUGACCAGCACAAACCAGAUGAUCUACCUGAACCUAAUCACGCUGGAGGGUCUGCGGUUUUGCGUGGAACUGUCGGUUGCCGGCUUCGCCAUUGUCGGCAAUCGGCACGACGACACGUCGAACGCGAGCAACGAACGUUUCGAGACGCCCUAUGGCCUCCUGAACUUCGUCAGUCCGCAAUACAGGAAUUCCUUCGGGAAUGCAUUGUUAGAUAAACUGAAGGAACUGAGCGAUAAACAGUAGAUCUCGAGAGAUAACAGAAAAAGAGCAACGUUAUUGUUUUGAUUAUUGUUUAGAUUAAGAGUUAAAUUAGGUUAAGUGCGUUUCAUCCCAGUGAGUUCUAUAUGUCCGUAUAUUCAUAGUUAGACCUUGUACUUAAGGCUUCCUUAAAUUUAUCUUUAGAUAGAUUGGCUGUUCAGCAGCCAAUGAAAUAAUUCGUAAAGUAUCUAAAAAUAAAUUUAAGGAAGCCUUAAAUAUAAGGCCUGAUUGUAAAUACAAAUAAUAAUGGAGCAUAUUGGAGCAUAUUUCUUUAUUUUUUCUUGUUACACUCAAAAUUUUGGCUGCAUUUUCUCUAUAUUAAAUUAUAGAAAAUAGCUACAGUUUGAUAAUUGAGAAGAAAAGCAAACAAAUACUUGUCUUUUUUACUCUUUUCUGCAAAUAAUAUUAGCCAAUCAACAGUCUCUGACAAAGAAAACAGUAUAAUCUUUUAUUAUCAGAAUGUCAUUGUAUAGGAAAUUGGGACACCCACGCUCCUCAAUGGCAUGCUCCAGUAUAUUAUAAAACUCAUUGAAUCCUUCAGAACUGACGUAGGUCUAUUGUGAAACUUAAUUAGAAAUCUCUUUGUUAAAAAUGUCAACAAUUGAAUUUUCUUGAUGUCAC